CCUGCAUGAGUAUCAAUUAAGCGCGGGGUCCGAUGUGGUGUUGGGGGCACUAAGGUAAGUGAGGCUCUGAGCUUUGAUGGAGUAUAAAUCCGAGUUUCCAACCUCGCUAUCCGUACCAAAAUGUUGGAUACAGCUAGCGCUAUAUCCUAUGCUGGUCCUGUUCUUUUCGUUUCUAUCUCUCAUACUCGCACAUCUCUUUGAUCGCUUCUAUGAUCAGACACCGUGAGUUGUCUGCUCCAAGGUCCUUGUCUCGGCUAUGUACUCCGUACCAUGGAUGAUAUCGUGCAUAUGCCCCGGACCGGUUUGACAAGCCGGUCUUUGAGUUCCGGUAUGUCCCCACCGGGACAAAGCUUGCAUGGGUGCAUAUUGGAGCAAGAUGCCAUGCCACUACACCAGAAUAUCUCGUGGUGUUUUGUUCCCGCGGAAUUCCAGAGUUUUGGAGGGCGUUAUCAGUGUAUCAAAUAAGAGUUCGAUCUGUUUCUUAUUACUACGUAUGAUAUUAGAUCCCGCGGUAUAUGUACUUCCUCGGAUCGGCCCUUUGUUAUGCCAGAGUGACAUGACCUUAUAUGUCGGCAAACCCACCGGCUUAUACAGUUGGUCCUGCAGACCUGCACAACGCAUCCAUACUCUGAUAUAUGUUUACCAUAUAGAAUUACUAAACGAGGUAAAGCUAUCGACCGGACUCGAAGGUAAGACUGUCCCAGGCUUGUUGUUUGCUACCCAGAUUAAACAGAUUCGACAAGUCAUGAUGCCAUUAUUCUUAUAUUUGUUCCUCGACGUAGCUCUGGCUCUCGCAAUUCCACGUCUUUUCUACACAGACUCACAACCACAAACAUAUCAAUUAGACAACUCCAUCACAGCAUCAAAAUCGUCAAUCAUAUAUUUCUCGAUUAAUUGAUCGAUCUUCAUUAGCGCCCCCACCAACCAAAGACCAUAAGUUGGGGGGUUGGCUCGGUUCGGACCAAACGUCGGUCGAGAACUCGGAUUUUCGAAGGGCAUUGCUCGCUCGAUUCAUUCAACUUCCGCGAGUAGCGUCGGACUUUCUUUUUCUCAAUCCAGUCAAACUUCUCGUAAAUGUGCAAAUGAUCACGUCCUGCUGCAAUAGCUACAGUAGUGUGAAACUGAGCCGUUUGAAAGCGAACAACUCUUGCACGACUAGUCAACUAGCGCAUCACUUUUUUUUUGUGUUGAAUGUGUUAUUUCUUCUCUGAGACUUAGAGGGCCAGGUUAAUCGGAAACUUACCUCCGCUUUGAUGUGCAAGUUUCAAUAUCCUAGCGUCGGUACUUGACGGCCAUGCUCGAUGCAAAAAUUGCUUCUAGAAAACCUGCUAACAGGAAUUUUCUGGCUAUUUCGGACCGAUACAUGUGGCGUACAAUGGUUUGAUGGUGGCCGGUGGCAAGCUGUCGAUGUUCUGGCUAGAAACUGCUGUUUCUGCUGGCUAUUGCACGUUCAAAUACGUGUCAGAGUCGGUUUGAGUUUGUGUAUCUCAUGUUAUAUCUGGUCACCUCGGCUUAUACCCGAGGUCUCUCACUGACUUACAAAACACCAAGAAUUAGAAGGUCUUACAGACAGGUUCGGCGUCGAUAUUAUCAACUAUCAUAGUUGUAGUAUUGAUGUGAAUCUAUAAUAGGUCCUCUUUCUAUUCUUUCUGGAAGGAUACCUUGCAUGAUCACUUGCGCGUUCGAAACGUUCCGUUCAGCGGCAUGUGGAUGAUUGCCAUGGCUUCGCUCGCAGAUACUACAUAUCAUUCACGGUAUUCGUCAUUAGAUAUCGGCAUUUCUAAAGUCAAUUGCUUCAGCUGCUGGUUAAAUCUGGGAAAACCUGGGCUUGACAAUAAGUCUGUGGUUCUUAAGUGAAUCUCAGAAACUACAACGGGCCAGGAUUCUUCAAAGAUGACUGAAGACGGCCAAGCUACUUACAAUUAUGCCGAGACAAGAAGUAUCAGAAAGGCUUGGACAUAUGUCUACGAAUCGAUAUAAAAGUAAGGCUGGUAAGUUGAGAAACACUGCAGUUCAUUGAAUGCCUCUUUGUCCACACGCAAAGUGGAUAUAGCAAUUCUGAAUUCAACUUCGUACCCAAUGAAAGAUAUGAAUACAUCCAAUAACUUUCAUAAUACUGUGACUUUCCUGUACUGGUUUUUCUGAGGAUAUCUAGCC